AUGUCAAGGGGCCCACUCCCCUCGAAGCUCAGUCUCCUGUCAGACUUGCCUUCCAAACCUCCAGGCGAAAAGAUCCGGUUCUUAGGAUGUGUCACGUCCUAUUCAAUGGAAUCGGCUGUGCUUACAUUACACCACGAAUCCCCCAAAGGAUCCAAUGUUAGUGCAUUGGUCGAUGUCAGCCUCCUUCUCGGCAACCUCAAGUCAGAGCAGACACGUAUUGGCGAGUGGGUGAACGUGGUCGGCUAUCUCACGCCUGCCUCUUUGGGAACACGGGCCAAAGGGACGACCCGCGAGCCGCAGCAUGUGGCCGUUCAAGCGCUGAUGCUCUGGUCCGCCGGUCCUCUCAAUCUUCAGCGGUACGAGGCGACGUUCGAGAAAUCAUGA